GUCGCACAAACAUCCAAGCCGAGGAGAGUGAAGAGGAGGGAGGGAUCGGAGCUUGGCUAGAAGAUGGUUACCUACAAAUUCCACCAGUACCAGGUUGUCGGUAGAGCUCUCCCAUCGGCGUCCGAUGAGCAACCAAAGAUUUACCGCAUGAAGCUCUGGGCCACUAAUGAGGUCCGUUCCAAGUCCAAAUUUUGGUAUUUCUUGAGGAAGCUGAAGAAGGUGAAAAAGUCCAACGGUCAGAUCCUAGCUAUUAAUGAGAUCUUUGAGAAGAAUCCAACAACCAUCAAGAACUACGGGAUAUGGUUAAGGUAUCAAAGCAGGACAGGGUACCACAACAUGUACAAAGAGUUCCGUGACACAACCUUGAAUGGUGUGGUUGAGCAGAUGUAUACAGAGAUGGCUUCCCGUCAUCGGGUCCGCCAGCACUGCAUCCAGAUCAUCAAGACAGCCACCAUCCCUGCCAAGCUCUGCAAGAGAGAGAGCACCAAACAAUUCCACAAUUCCCAAAUCAAGUUCCCAUUGGUCCUCAGGAAAGUCAGGCCUCCCAGUAGGAAGCUAAAGACCACCUACAAGGCUUCCCGACCCAACCUCUUUGUUUAGUGUUUGUCUUUGGCUAAUGGUUUUUAGUUUUGGCAGCAGUUACUUGUUCAACUCCUUUUUCCAGAGAGGAAUGAUAUUUAAGAAAACUAUUGUUUGUCAACACAAGUGUUCUGCAGGUUUUAAACAGACUAUGCAAUCAAAUUACAAGUGACUCAUCUAUCAUUCACCUUUUGAAAUUGGUAUACCCAUGACCCUGUGUGGGUCCUGUUUGGAUUCUAAUGAACUAACUUAUUUUCAUAACAACUUCAAGUCUUGCAAAGUUACCCCAAGUCCAUGUUCACUCAGUUAUCAUUGCUAAACUUAAUUAAGGGAUGUUAUAUACUUAUAUUCAAAUUAUUUCAAGUUACCUUGAAUUGGCUGUGCAAGAGUAAUUUGGAUUUGCUUUUAUACUAUCUGAAAAUAUAAAGUUCCUUGUGCUGGAAUAAGAUGUGGUAAUGUUUUGC